GGACGUCGAUCAUCAGUGCACGGGAUGUCAUCGGCAAGAUAAGACCUCACCAUCGGUGUGUGAUUCCUCCGUUUGGGGUCGGACCGUCUUCGGAAGAUUUUGUUGGAUCAGCGCACUCGUCGUAAAAUCUACCGGAGGUUCAUCAGAGAUCUCGCUCACAAGAGAAUGACAUAAUCCAACAUUUUAAGAUGAAUCUGUUGACGUCGCUGCAAUUCGUUCGUGGUCUUUCGAAAUGGUGCGAGCGCAACCUGCAUUCUUAUUGACGGGACGAGGAACGCCGUCGACCGCCCAGACAAAUCGAUAAACCGGUGCGAGUGGUGUUGCGGCGGUGGAAGAUAUCCAAGAGUCUAGCCACCUCCGACCGGAGAGCGUCGCCGGAUUGAUUUUUGUGGAGCGGUAACCGCGCUGCGCGAGGAUGAUGACUUGUUGGGUCCUGGUCGGGGUCUUUGUAACCAUCGUGCUCAUUUAUGGCCUCAUCGAAUUUCAUUAUUUUCUGCGCAUGUUCCUCACCGUCUUUCUCGCACGUUAUUGCAAAAAAAGGGUGCACAUCCUUGAUGAAACUGUGAUUUAUGGCAUUUGCACUACCAAUGACGUGGACGCGCUUUUGUAUCAUAUGAAUAACGCGAGGUAUCUUCGCGAACUCGAUUUUGCGAGAGUCGACUUUUACGAAAGGACUGAUCUCUACCGAGAAGUUUGUUCUCAAGGAUCAGGUGUUGUACAAGGAGCUGCCACUAUACGCUACAGGCGUUUCAUCAAACCGCUAACAAUCUUUAAAAUAACAUCUAAGAUCGUUUAUUGGGAUGAGAGGAGUUUUUUUAUGGAGCAUCGAUUUAUCACGCCGAGCGAUGGUUUUAUAAGGGCAAUUGCGAUUUGCAGGCAAAGACUUCUUAAUUGUAGCGCCGAUACUGUUAUUGGCGCCCUACUAAAUCGUAGGGUGAAGCAGAAUGGAAAUGUCGAAGCAGGUGUAAUGCAGGUAUCUCCUGUGCGACUAGAGAUGCCACCCGAAGUGAGCAGGUGGAUGGAAAGUAACGAAAUAUCAUCAGCGAUGUUGAGACAGGAACCAAUAACGAUAACGACGCGUUGCUGACAAACGGACGCCGCGACAUCCUGCGGCGUUUUAGCACCGAUAUAUACAACCACGACUGUGUAACAAGCGGAAUAUGCGGAAUGCAAUCUUUGUUCUUAAUUACCCGAUGAUGGAUGUUCUCGAGGAAAUUCCGUAACAAGAUCAAUUAAACAUUCUCGCUACUUGUGUGUUUAAUUGUCUUUGAGAAGUGGAAACUUAGCGCGGCCUUAUGACAAAAUAAAUAAUUAAUAAUACUAUAAGCUUGGUAUUCUGUAAUUGAGGAUAAGAAUAAUU